AUGGCGUCCACCAAGAAGCUCCAGCCGGCCGCCCGCGUCUCUGGCCAGCGGCAAGACGUCUGGACGAUUGUCAACGAGGCCGCCGCUGCGUCGCCCAAGCAGCCGAUUGUCAACAUGGGCCAGGGCUUUUUCGGGUACAACCCGCCCAAGUUUGUGCUGGACGCCGCCAAGGAGGCGCUCGACCGCGUCGAGUGCAACCAGUACAGCCCGACCAAGGGCCGGCCACGCCUCCGCAAGGCCAUUGCCGACGCCUACACGCCGUUCUGGGGCCGCCCGCUGAACCCGGAGACCGAGGUGACCGUCACGACGGGCGCCAACGAGGGCAUGCUGAGCGCGUUCAUGGCCUUUAUCGAGCCGGGCGACGAGGUCAUUAUCUUUGAGCCCUUUUUCGACCAGUACAUUAGCAACAUCGAGAUCCCCGGCGGCAAGAUUGUGUACGUGCCGAUGCACCCGCCGGCGGACGGCGCCGACCGCACGUCGUCGGCGGGCGAGUGGACGGUCAACUUUGAGGAGCUGGAGCGGGCCGUGACGCCACGCACCAAGAUGAUUGUCAUCAACACGCCGCACAACCCGGUGGGCAAGGUGUUUUCCAAGGACGAGCUGCUCAAGAUUGCGGACAUCUGCCUCAAGAACCAGAUCAUCAUCCUGUCGGACGAGGUCUACGACCGCCUGUUCUACACGCCGUUUACGCGCAUUGCGACGCUGUCGCCCGAGAUCGAGAAGCUGACGCUGACGGUCGGCUCAGCCGGCAAGAACUUUUACGCCACGGGCUGGCGGGUUGGCUGGCUCAUCGGCCCUCCGGAGCUGCUGCAGCAUGUGUCAGCGGCGCACACGCGCAUCUGCUACUCAUCGGUGUCGCCCCUGCAGGAGGCGUGCGCCAUUGGCUUCGAAAAGGCCGACGCGGAGGGCUUCUGGGACGACAGCGUCAAGGAAAUGAAGGGCAAGCUGGCGCGCUUCAAUGAGAUCUGGGGCGAGCUCGACAUCCCCUACUCGGAGCCCGAGGGCGGCUACUUUGUGCUGGCCAACCUCAGCAAGGUCAAGCUGCCGGCCGACUAUCCCUUCCCGCCGCACGUCGCCAGCCGGCCGCGCGACUUCCAGCUGUGCUGGUUCCUGAUCCAGGAGCUGGGCGUGGCCGCCAUCCCGCCGACCGAGUUUUACACCGAGGCCAACGCGAACAUUGUGGAGGACUACCUGCGGUUUGCCGUGUGCAAGCCGGACGACGUGCUGGAGACGGCCAAGGAGCGUCUGCGCGGUCUGAAGAAGUUUAUUCAGUAG